GAGCCUGCCAGGAGCAGCCUGCACUGCUGCAUAGAAAGGACCUGGAGACCCUCUUCCUCCAGCAGGGGAGAAGCCAAGACGGGUUAAAAUGAAUGAAGAUCUGAAGGUUAAUUUAAGCUGGCUGCCUCAAGAUCACUUAGAAGCCAGCUCUCCAGAGAAUGUCUCAACUGCAGUCUCCUCCCUGAUUCCUGUCGUAGACCCAGAACCAGAGCUCAUAGUAAACCCCUGGGACAUUGUUUUGUGUACUUCAGGAACCCUUAUCUCCUGUGAAAAUGCCAUUGUGGUCCUUAUCAUUUUCCAAAAUCCUAAUCUUCGUGCCCCCAUGUUCCUUCUGAUAGGCAGCCUGGCACUUGCAGACCUCUUAGCAGGAAUUGGAUUGAUCAUCAAUUUUAUUUUUGCCUAUCUUCUACAAUCAGAAGCUACAAAACUGGUCACUAUUGGACUGAUUGUUGCCUCUUUCUCUGCAUCUGUCUGCAGCUUGCUGGCUAUUACUGUUGAUCGUUACCUCUCAUUGUAUUAUGCUUUGACUUAUAAUUCAGAAAGGACUGUCACUUUUACUUAUAUCAUGCUUAUUUUGCUCUGGGGAGCAUCUAUCUGUAUUGGACUGCUGCCUAUAAUGGGCUGGAACUGCCUCAAAGAUGAAUCCACCUGCAGUGUGAUCAGACCGCUCACUAAAAAUAAUGCAGCUAUCCUUUCAGUCUCUUUCUUGCUCAUGUUUGCUCUCAUGCUGCAGCUCUACAUUCAAAUUUGUAAAAUCGUGAUGCGCCAUGCCCAUCAGAUUGCCUUGCAACACCAUUUCCUGGCCACAUCCCAUUAUGUGACCACCCGAAAAGGAGUGUCUACUUUAGCCAUUAUUUUGGGGACCUUUGCUGCUUGUUGGAUGCCUUUUACGCUCUAUUCUUUAAUAGCAGAUUACACGUAUCCUUCAAUGUAUACCUAUGCCACUCUCCUGCCAGCCACCUACAAUUCCAUCAUCAAUCCAGUAAUAUAUGCUUUUAGAAACCAGGAAAUACAAAAAGCAUUUUGGCUCAUCUGCUGUGGCUGUAUCCGUUCUAGCCUGUCUCAAAGAGCAAGAUCACCUAGUGAUGUUUGAUUAACACCUCUGAGGACUUUAUUUAGCAUUUUGUUUUUCAGAAAUUCCUGCAACGCUCUUUGGUUAGAUACAUUCCUUAGAUUGUACAUAUCUAAUUCAUAUUCAAGCCACAGGAUGCAUUGACCCUUUUGUAAAGAGAAACCCCAUUAACGAAAAUGAACUCAGUGGUUUAAGGAAGAUUUCCAAAGUCAAAAUGAUUAGUGUUCUUUCAAAUUGUAUUGCUGCUCAGGUUCUAUGAAUAGACUAAACCGGUCAUUCACAUUCACUAUGAUUCUAAGUUAACUUUAUUAGUUAAAAAAGGUAGACUGAAGAGUUGUAGCCUUUUUUAAAUAGUUUAUGUGCUUGAGCUCAGUUAUACUGCAUGAUUUUUCUGUUGUCAGAAAUUCUCUCUCUCUUAGCCUUAGUGAAACAGUAAAGAAGACUAUGUCCUUCGUUCUGUUGACAUAAACUAAAAUGUAUAUCAUCAAUUUAAAACAAUGACCCAAUAACUACUGAUUCAUUUGAUAUUUAUUGUAAUACUUUCUGGGCCAUUAAUGUGCUAAAAUGAGGAAGUACUUGUGCAGGUUUACUGUUUUAUAUCUCAGUAUAAAUUGAUCAGUAUUUUAAAAUGUUACCUAUUGUCUCAUGAGUUCUGGAUAGAUGCUAGAAUAGAAUGUACAUUUUGUCUUUACUGCUGCUUUGUUUCUUUUAAAAAAUCAGCUAUACAUUUUUAAAAAUAUAGAACAUCAGGGCCUAUUGUAACAUUGAUUUUUAAGCAGAAUUCCUCAUUUAAAUUGAUGUGGAGUUCUACUCAGAAAUCUAUGGCACAAUAUGGCCUCUAGGAAUUCUGCAUUGUAAUAGGUGCAGCAUUUUAAGUUUCUUUGACAGAUUAAUAUUUUCAGAAGUGUAUGAGGAAAUAUUUAAUAAAAUAACUUGCGUAAAAUAGUAUAUUUUUAGUACCUACAGUAAAUGGUUCCCUAAAGUUUGCUAUUGAUACACAAGUGUUAUUUCAUGUUCUCAUUGUUCUGCUAUGGUUUCAGAUUCUGAAGUCUGAAAAUUCUUUGAGGAUGUCAGGUGCAUAACUGUAUAUAGCAAAAAUGCCUACAGAACAUACUUUCUGCUAUUCUAACAAUUUAAUCUUUGAGUCCAUCACAUAUUAUGAUUCUCAGUACUAUAUGCAUAUCAUUUCUCUUCAUUCUAAGAUAAUACUCCUUGUGUAAAAGGCAAAGCUUCCUUUCAUGAAUGGUUUAAUUUAAGUUGCUUCUGAUCUUUUCCCUGAAGCCACAUUAGAUUAUUAGAACAAAAAUGUUGUUUUCUAAUAACAAGGUUGUAUUGACAGAAGAAAAAGCUUACCGGAAAAAAACCCCUGAUUUUGGAUUUCUUUGUUAAACUUGAGGUAUAAUCUUUUAUCAGUGAAUGGGAAUUUAUAGUAAAACUUCCGUUAGUGCUGAUGGAAGUUACAUGUAUAAAUGCGUAGGCACCAAUAUUGGGGUGUAGUCCCCUGAAUGUCAAAGUAAAUAUACUAUAUUGUUGCUUUAGUAUCUUCCAUUAUAGUUUUUUAAAAAAAUCAAAUUUUGAUGAAAAAUACCUGUACACUAUAGAGAGUAUACACUACUAUACUACUGCCACUCAAUCUUUUCAACUGAUAUCUUUCCUUUCAUUUAAACUUUUGGAACUCUGUAGCUUUUGUGGCAAACUUCUGUGACAUUAAUAAUCCAUAUGCUAUACCCAGAACUAAAUUUCAAAUGUGAGUCACUUCUAUAUUAGCAAUAAUUUAUUUUAGUUUCAAUGCCAGAUUCAAAUUCCAUUAUUUACUUGGUUCAUGAUAUCUGGCUAUUACUUUACAUUAAUCUAAUCAAAUUUAAUAUUGUAUGGUGGCGGCCUUAUCUUGACAGGACUGUGCCCUUGCAACUCCCAUUGGCUUCACUGGGACUUGUAGGUGCUCAACACCCACUGAAAUCUCCCCUCAAACUAUAUAGGAUAUUUGUGUUCUUUAUCUAUCCCUGAAUAUUAAUGAAGUUCUAGUAGUUACCAGUUUUCUAUUGUUUUUAAGA